AUGGCGCGCGCAUGCUCGCAAGUGUCCUUCUCCGAACAGUACGGAAAACGGGAGUUGGCGCAUGCGCAGAAGAUCUUUGCCUAUUUUCAGACAGAAGAGGACAUUAUUUCAUUACAGAUGAAUGCAGAGAAUACAGUUUUCUGGUUAAGCAAAAGAGAAACAAUUGAAAGAGGUGGCAAAAAGAAGAGAGAUAUAAUCCAAUGUGUUGUUAAGGUCCCCGCACUAGAUAGUGUACUGACUGUUUCACGAAAUGGAACCAUAUCCCUUUACAACAGCCAGGAAAAUUCUUGGUUUCUAGGCUGUGAUUUCCUUAAUCGGAUGAAGAGAGUUGUCGCUGUGACAGAAAGAAGCAUUGUUUUUUGGGAUUAUAAGUGCCAUGGAAAACAGCAGGAUAAGUAUGUCUCCAUCAGACCAGUGGGGAACUGCCUGCAUUGCAUCUGUACUGUAAAUUCACAAGAUGAUUCUGUGAAGGAAGAAAUAUUGGUCGGUGAUGACGCUGGAUUCGUUACCUUGUUCUCUAUUGCAAGUACUGACCUUCACCCAGACCACUCAAAAUCAAAAGUGUUAUCUCAGUCAGUUGUCCUAGACUCUGGGAAAUUCACACAGUUCAAGAGGAAGCUGCACAAUGAUUGUGUUGUUAAAGUAAAGUUUAUUCAAGAACUAAACUGCUUUGCAUCAAGUUCUCUUGACAGCAAACUUUCUUUGAUUUUGGAUAAUGUACAAAGGAUAAAAGAUGCAUGGCCAGUCAGAGGUUUUUCAGUUGAAAAAGGUAUCACAGCAUUUGCAUUCUGUGUGAAAGCCGACAUGAUUGUAACUGGAGGACCUGACAAAGUAAUACGCGUGUGGCACCGUGAUGUAACCAUGAAACCUAUGGCAAAAUUGUUUGGUCACUUAUUUUCAAUUGCAGACAUAGCAGUCAAUGAAGAGAAUCAGCACGUCAUUAGCGUUUCCACUGAACGGGGUUUUAGAGUAUGGGAUAUACAAACUCUUUCACUGCUGCAAGUCUUCACUGAUACACAGCAGGGACCUGGGGAUCUCCGUAUAAAUUCAGUAGUAUUUGACAGCAAACACCUCAGACUGUUAACUGGUUCAUGUGUGUUAGAUGUUUGGCCUUUGACUCGAAUGAUUCAGAACACAAAACAGGUUCCACAUUCCCAUGAUAGGCCAAUAAACGCUCUUGUUUAUAACCAUGUCUUUCACCAGGUUCUUAGCAUCUGUUCUGGAUCUAUUGUAAAGGUGUGGGAAAUAGAAACAGGUGCUCAAGUCUAUGAAAUAGAAAAUGCUCAUGGGCCAACUACUGAAGUGACCGCUGCCUCUAUUGAUAUCGGUGGAUUUCAUUUUGUGACUGGAGCUAAUAAUGGGUCAUUGAAAAUGUGGGAGUUUGGGAAUGGCCAUCAAAUUAAAGUUUUGCAGCCCAAGAAAGCAUUUAAAGAUGAAGAGCAAAGCAUUCGUCAGCUAAGCUACAAGAGAAUACAUGACAACCAACAUAUGAUUAUUGCUCUGGACAUCAAUGGGAAUUUAAAAAUGAUUCAGGGAAAAGAAGAUGAUCCUAGACUCUUUGUGGUUGCUGAAUUUGGUCAAGACACUGGUGGAUUGUUUACAACAUUACAAUCAUUCGAGGAGAGAAAAAUGGAACAGAAUAUAAGGACACCUGAUAGACCCAAAGACCAGAUUACGUCACCUAUAAGAACAAAUAUCUGUUUCGAUGCUGUAAAGCGGGAAAGGUGUUUUCUCCUUGCCACUGGAAGUAUAAAUGGAGAGAUGAGCCUGUAUAGUUUGGAAGAAUCUUCUGUACAACAUAUCUACAGCAGGAACUCUGAUGAAAGUAUUAAUAACACAAACCUGGCACACAAUUUGAAGGCAGAAAGAAUAAAUAUGGUAUUGUUUAUUUUUCCCAAGGAGAUGGACAGUCUGAACACAUCAAGUUGGGGAGUUCUAUCCUCUUUAUUUGUCCUAAUAAUCAAUGUCAUCGAUACUGAAAGUGAACUUUCAGAAAUAGAGAAUGACAGAGGUGUUGAAGAUUCACAUGAAUCUACGCAAUGUAGCCAGCAUACUGUGUCAUUAGAUAACAAGGCUGACUCUCCACUCAUAGUGUCAGGUCAUGAGAAUGGGCAUCUGUGUUUAUGGAACACUAAGGGUGAUUUGAUGAGCACGGAAUUACCAUUUACAAAGCACCCUCCCAUUCCAAUCACAGCACUUUGUUCAGAUAUCCAUGCUGAUGUCAUCAUAGCAGGCAAUGAAGAGGGACACAUCAUUUUGUGGAAGCUUUGUAAGAUUCAAGAAGCCAACAGAGAAAAAACUAUGAUAUUAAAACAAGAACUCUGCUGGCGGGCACAUUCUAUGAAAAUCAUCAGCCUGUUUUUUGAGGACAAUAAAAAUGUUGUAGUAUCUGCUUCAGAUGAUGACUCCAUUAGACUGUGGCAUUCUUCAAGUGGAAAUUACAUUGGUUAUUUUGGACAGAGAAGGAUUUAUGAGCUGAUUAAUCCUCCUCAUUUUACUCAACCCUGUGAUGUAAAUGAGCUGCCUUUGCAGAACCAAUCAGGAAAAACUGACCUGUGGACACAGAGGCAAUGUGAUCUUACAUUAAUCUUUGACAGGGAUAAACUUAAAUCACUUACUAAACAUCAGGACUCUACUGAAGAUUGUGUGGGUGUGAAGUAUUUCAAAUGCUUGUCGUCUCCCAAUGUGGAUGAACAGAGCAGUGGGGUAGGAAAGGACAGGUUUAAAAACAAAGCCCAUGGAGAGUUUGCGAAACUCAAGUAA